AUGAAGAUCUACAGUGUAUUUUUAAUUACAACUAUUUUUGUCGCAGUAGUUUAUGCAAAGGGUAGAAUAGCUUUGACCGUUCAAAGAGUUAUAUGCGAUAUUCAGGAUCCUACAGCGAUUGAAAUUGAACUGUGUUCGGUAAAGGCGAUCAACAGAUCGACAACUUUAAUGAAUAUUAUAGGAAAUUAUACAAGGCCAAUGCAUUCUUUUAUGAUCAAUUCACAAUUAUUUAAAAAAUCUGAAAUCAAAUAUAGACCAUUUUUGGUCAAUGUUACCGAUGAUUAUUGUGAUUUUAUGUCCAAAAAUAAAGGUGGAGCUUAUUUGAAAAUUGUUUGGCCAAUUAUUGUGGAUUAUACAAAUAUGAAUCAUCCAUGUCCUUAUUAUGGUUACCAUUAUAUCAAGAACCUUCCAGUCGAUGAAGAUAAAAUACCAGCUGUAUGGCCAAGUGGAUUAUUUUUAUUAGACGUUUUGUUUUAUGAACAAAAUGGCACCAAAAUCAACAAAAUACUCUUAUCACAUGUUUAUUUUGAAAUUAAGCAACGUGCAAUUUUUUAAUUUAUACACAUAAAUAGUUAAUUUAACAAGUAGAUCAGG